UUUAACCUCCUACCUGUGUACACACCUCGCACAGAUUUCAGUGUUAGACUCGGCUGGAGGAAUCUAAAACACAAAUAUUCCAAACGCCAAGGUGAAGAGGAUUUAUUGCGUUUACACUAAAUUCAUAAUGAUAAAAACCACAAGACGACUGCAGGAUUCAGGCUUAGUUGCAAGUUUUCAAAACAGCUGCGGUCUGUUCGCCAUUGACGGAGGGGAGCGCAUUUCUCGUACUGAUCCGUACAGAUACAAUAAAACGAAUCAUAAUGCAGCCCCAGAGAACACAGGUAAAGAUGGCUUGGGAUCGAAUAGCUGGAGAGACCGAGAUUUGCGGCACGAAAGCACCGCUUCGGAAAACCAUGACAGGAAUUCAAAUUACACAUCGCAGGUCAAUGGAUAUUUGGUAAAGAAUUCAAGACCAAAGUAUGUUGUGAAGAACUAUUUCCUUUAUUACUUGUUUCGCGUUGGUGCUGCACUUGGCCAAGAAGUUUUCUACAUCUCCUUUCUGCCUUGUACCCACUGGAACCUUGACCCCUUCUUGUGCCGGAGACUGGUCAAUAUGUGGGCAGUAGUCAUGUACAUCGGCCAGGUCUCCAAGGAUGUCCUGAAAUGGCCACGUCCAUACUCCCCACCCGUCGUGAAGCUGGAGACCAGGGUGGACGCCGAGUAUGGGAUGCCUUCAACACAUGCAAUGGCUGCCACCUCGAUCUUCUUCACCCUCCUCCUCAGCACCAAGGACAGGUACCAGUAUCCAUUUGAGCUUGGACUGAUGGCAGCUAGCCUUCUGUCCACUCUGGUGUGUCUCAGCAGACUCUAUACUGGCAUGCACACAGUACUGGAUGUGGUCUGCGGAGCGUUAAUCAGUGCUGUUCUGAUGACAGUGACCUUCCCCCUCUGGGAUACCUUUGACCACCUGCAGCUGACCAGCCCCCUCUCCCCCAUCGUUGCAGUUGUGCUUCCUUUCCUCCUGUCUUACUUCUACCCUCGGCUAGACCACUACAGCACCACCAGGGGGGACACCACCAUCAUCCUCGGGGCUGGCGCAGGCUGCUCUGUGGGCUACUGGGCCAACUACCAGCUGGGGGAAACAUAUGAGCCAGAAGGAGGCUUUCCAAUCCCUAUCCCAGCUCCAACACUUGAUAUGGCUGUGUACAGCUUCGCCCGUUUCCUGGUUGGAAUUCUGUCUCUUGUGAUCACCCGGCAGGUUGUGAAAAGCCUCAGCCUCCGCGUGCUUUGUUUUUGGUUGAAGGUGUCAACCAAAGAUGCAGAGGCCAGGCAGAGGGUAGAAAUUGAAGUGCCAAGCAAGUUUGUGACCUAUUUUGCCAUUGGCUUCACUAAUACUGUCCUAGUCCAUAAAGCUUUCAUCUUCCUAGGGUUAUUUUAAAAUGAGCUGAAAAAUAUUUGAAAGAAGCAAUUUUAUACCACACAGUUUCUGUGAGUUUUGCCUUCCUUUGGUUUUACAGAUACAUUUAAUGCAAUAAACUUUGGGUAAUAGGUGGAGGACGAUUAUGUUUAACUUACCUUAAUUUCUGUUAUCGGUCUGAGCAGACUACUUCUUGGUCAGAAAGGCUAUGAAUAGCCACAAUUUAAUAUGUUUAUAUCUCAGGUUUUAAUAUUGCACAUCAUUAAAAUAUACGUUUUGUGCUUAUGUUCUAAUAUUUUGAUAUAAUGCACUUGUUGUAAUGAAUGCGAGUGGAUAAAUAUGAAAAUAUAUAUUUGAUUAAAUAUAAUUAAGUAUGAAAAGAGGUUACAUGUCAUCUACAGAAACACCUUACUAGGGUGAUCUACACCCUGCUGUAGUGCAGGAUCACAGGGAUGUACAAUGAUCUCAGGCAAGCCUCCAGGUGUUCAGUACAAGCAAGUAUUUCAGUUGUUCUCUAUUAGACUUGAAGGUAUUAUAUUUAUUAUAAUAGGGAUUUUUUUGUGUAUAUUACAAAAUACUUGAAAAUAUGAACUAUUAUGAUCACCGCCACGGAGAUUCAGCAUUGUGGAAAAUGUGCUCAUUUUACCUUUAAUUGUCCAUGAAAAAUAUGUAUCCAUUGCACUGCUAUUAGCUUGUAAUUUAAAAUUUUGAUAUUUUCAAGUAACAAAUGUUUGUGCCACAUCAAUCCUAAUACAUUGUUUUUUGCUAUUUUUUCCAGUAAUAAUAAAGUAAUUCUCUACAUGAAGACUGAA